GUGAAGACGCAGCAGCGCUCGAUGGGCCUCCGCGCCGAGCUGCGAGAGGUGGUGACGUCGUACCGGCUGCUCUUCGACGAGUCCGGCCUGCCGGGCCUGCGCUUCGUGCUGGGCUUCCACCUGAACCCGCGGCGGCUGGCUUGGCUCGUCCUGUACGCCACUCUCUUCCUGCUCACCAUGCGGGACACGCACCGCCUGCUCGCAGAGUACUACGCCUACGAAGACCGCGUCAACCAGGAUAUCAUGGAGACGAAGCAGGUUCAGUUCCCGGCCGUCACCAUCUGCAACAUGAACCCGUGGAGGAAGUCCAUGGUCUGCAGCGAAGAAAGCUUCGUGAGCAAGUCUGCCAAGGCACUCAUUGACGAGCUCUGCAACAGCGUACCCAGGAACGUCACGAUGUCCGAAGAAGACUUGGUAACGACUCACAAGCUAAAGACGUGGAUCUCCGCUGAACAGCGCCGCAAUCUGAGUCGGGCAGAGCGGCUGGGCCACCAAAUCGAAGACAUGAUCAUUGAAUGCCAGGUUCCCGACGGAGACUGCCUCAACACACGGUUGUUGGAGCUUCGACUGGUGCCGCGUUACGGCAACUGCUACUGCUUGGGCUGCAACAGCAGUCGUUUCAGCUGGCCGUCAAUGCAAAUGUCAGAUCCUGACCAAGGUCUUCGAAUGUCGCUGAACAUGGAGCCCGAGGAGUUCCUUCCGCUGACCGUAGACGCGGGCUUCUACGUGAUGGUCAACCAGGCGGGCGUUCAGGAAGAGGUCUUCGACAACGCCGUCUACGUCCCGCCGGGAGCCACGACCUACAUCGGCGUCGUCAAGUCGACCUCCAAAAACCUCGAGCCCCCUUACAAGAACCCCUGCCAGAACGAUUGGCCCGAGGAGCUCAAGAAGUAUGUCGUCCCGGGAGUCGUGUAUACCAAACGAGCCUGCGACGAGUACUGCUAUCAAGUGCACAUCUUUGAGACGUGCGGCUGCCGCUCCUACAAUCAUAUCCGGGUCCUGGAGCCACGCGUCAUGGAAUCACCGGUCUGUCCCGACAUGCUAAAAGGUGACUGUGAAAGGGCGGUUGAAGCUCAGAUCCUCCAGAAACUUAUCACCUGCAAAUGUCUUACUGCGUGCGAGAUUCAUUACUACGACACCUUUCCGAGCAGUCUUGCUUGGGCUAGUCACCUGGUGAAACCAGAAUACACUCUACAGGAAGAAUCGCCGGAUCGGAAAAAAAUUCACGCCAGGAUUCAGAUCUACAUGAAGACCACCAAGGUUCUCUAUAGGCGCAAGGAGCCCAAGUCCACGGUAGCCAGUCUGUUCCGGAGCAUCGGCGGCCUGAUGGGCGUCUACUUGGGUUAUUCUUCGCUUCACAUCUUCCACGUGCUCGACGUUCUUGUCGACGGUGCCUGGUCCAGCCUCUCCAGGAUCCUGGCGCGAAGACGCCGCGACCGCGAAGCACGCCAGGAAUUUCACACUAAGUCCCUCGGCGAUGAAUAUGUACUGACCCGUUUUCAGUAAACUCUUCACUAUGUGCAA